ACAUGUACGACAUGUCAUAGAUUUAAGAUACAACAAAGAUUACUUUUACAUUUUGCCUACCACAUGCUUGGACACACAUGGACUUGAUCCGUGCUACAGCUUAAGCUACAAAAGUUCAGAAGUCGUGACAUGUCAUAGAAAAUUGUCGUAACAUGUUUAAUGUAUAUGUGGUAGUUAGUGGACCACAGAUUGUGCCCAUCUGCAAAACACAGAUUGUCCGAGUCAAAGAAAAUAAAAGUACUGCGGAUCCGUGCCCCAGAUGCACAGCGAACGAGUAACGUCAGGAAGCUCCACAAAUGACUGUAGAUGCGAUAUUGUUUCAGCUGUAAGUUACAACAGACUGCUAAUUUGUGAAAGUGUUGGUGAAGCAUAUCGUAUAUUGAAUAAGCCACAAAAGACAACGAUCUGCAAUAUGUGUCGCUGGACGAUUUGGCAGAUAAGUUGCUCUCAGUGCGUAUUGCCUGUCACUGAACGAUAACUGUAAAAACGAUAUCUCUAUCGAUAUGUAUGCUUUGAACGCUUCCUAUUUAUCUGUUACACGUACUGUCAUCUAAAUGAGGCAAAUUUAACACGGACUUUUUAGUUGUUGCUGGAGUUUCAACGAUAUUGCCUGCAUUGUGAAUGCAAGUAUAUAAUUAUGAUUAACUUUUGCUGCUCAGCCUUAAAUCCCACGGUUGUGUGCAGUACUGUGAGCACCGAUGGUUACGAGGUUACAAAUUUGGUCUCAAGUGAUGCUGAAGAAGCUCAGAAAGGCUUUUUAGCUUAUAAUGCUAUUAGACCUCCGGUAUCAAUAACUAUACACUUCAUUUGCAGCGUGAAUGUAAGUCAUGUAAUCCUCUGGCCUCAGGUUGGUUACCAGAAAUCGACUGGUUUUGAAAUUUAUGCAAACUCAGCGCCUAAAUCCAAACCACAAAUUUAUGAAAAGGCUGCAUUUGGCUAUCUCGACGAUGAUGAAACAGGUAUAAUAUUUUAUCGAACAGUCUAUUAUGAUCAGUACACCAGAUCAAUUAAACAUCUGAAGUCUUUUGCUCAGAGAGCAAUUUUUGGAAGCACAUGUUCUUCUCUUAAUAAUACAAGAAGUUUACAGAUUAAAAUUAUUAAAACUAAUUCAUCAGUUCCUGCUUUGGCCAAAGUCGAAGUUUGGGGAAAGCCAAGUAAAUCUUGUGACACUGCUGUCCAGCGUAACAUUUUUAAACUUUGGACCACCAGAAUUCCAAAGAAGGAAAGUGUUUCAUGUGGUAACUCAGAGAGUCAGUUGCAGACUGUUUCUGGUGCAGAGUUUGAAAUUCCUGAGAAUUUUCUUGAUUCAGUAACAUGCACAAUAAUGACUCUUCCUUUCAUAUUGCCUUGUGGGAAAUUUGUAGAUCAGAGUACACUUGAUAGACAUGAACAGCAUGAAGCAAUGUGGGGACGAGCACCUAGUGAUCCAUUCACAGGGAGGAUGUUUAGUGAAAAUAACCGGCCCAUUCCAGCCACUGCUCUCAAAGCCUGCAUUGAUAAGUUUCUUAUAGAUCAUUCUGAGAGACCAGAACUGGCAUAUGUACCAAGAACUGUGGGCAGGAAACAGAAAAGUAACAUCCAUGAAGUGAGUUGCAGUACUGUGCCUUUAACAGACAUUAAACCCACUACCUCUGUUGGAUGUCCAACAGAAAAUAAAAAAGUGACUUGUGUGGCUGUUUCAAGUGAUGUGAGUCAUUUGAGGCAUAAAAGACAAAGGCACGGGAGUGAGGAUAUAGCUAAGACUGAGGUACAUGAUGUAGAGUCACAUGAAGAGAAGAUUAACUGGAGUCUGAAUUGUGCUCUCGAGUCUACUCUAGCUGGUCUCCCUACAUAUACGAGAUUCAGCAAUCACACAGCUGUAGAACAGUGUGCUGCAUGCAGUGGGGACAACAUGCUAUUUAAACUCCCUUGCAAACAUUUCUUGUGCAGGAAAUGUCUUGUGUCAAAGAAGGAAUCCAAAGACUUCAGUUGCACUUUGUGUAAAGCUUCUUUCCAGUCUGGUGAUCUCUUACGAUACCAUGUGUAGUUCCUGGAAGGUGGAAUAUUAGGUUUUUUGAUUAAGUAGUGGAAUACCUUAUUUGUCAUUGGAAACCACAAUGAAUCUUAACAUCAUACUAUCCUUGGUACAGGUUAAAUUUUGUAAAAUGUAUAACAAUAAUGCAUACAUUCUUUGCAGGGCUGUUUUUCCUGAAUGGACAGGGACAUUUCAUUAAAUAGUUUGGAACAACUUUAUGAUACAAUUGCCAAGUAUAUAUUUGCUGUCAGUAGACAAAAUAUAAACCAUUUUAUCUAACAAACUGUUGCAAAUAUGUUACAUCUACUCAAAAGAACAGUACUGUAAAGAUAUACCAAGUCAGAAGGAACAAAUCCUGUUUUAACUAAGGGCUAAAUGAUCAGCACAUUUUUGUUCUAUAAGGAAAUUGUUAGAUGUAAUCAAGCUUCAGCUAUGUUAAAUAAAGGUAAAUUCUUGAAAACAA